AUGCCGUCCCUCAUCCCGCCCAUCGUCAGCGCCAGCUCGGCCUCCAACUCGGCCUCGCUCGACCAUCUCUACCAUCACCAGCAGCCGCCGCCGCGUCUCCCGCUCGGCGCCGUCCCCCAGUCUCCGAUCCAGAGCCAGCCUCCUCCACACCUGCAUCCUCAGUCGCACCACUUCCAGCUUCACCCGGGCCACGGCCACCACCAGCAGCCGCACCACGAGCGCGAACACCAUCUGCCUCCGCCAGUAGCCAGCUACAGCACACAUUCACAACAUCUCCAGCAUGACCCGUUGCCGCUGCGGCUGGACUCGUCCCAGUCCGGCCAUCCGGGUGCUGCUGAGCACAGGGAACACUCCCACCACGUGCUAGACGAUUCAUCUAGAUCUCAUGAGCCGUAUCCGAGCAUGGGUUCCGGUGCCUUGGUUCACUCUGAGUCGCAACAGACUGCGUCGGCGAACCUGCUUUUGCCCAUCUCCAAGGUCGACGAGGCCACGGGUCGGAGGUACCACCUCGAUGUUGUCCAGCAGCCUCGACGCGCCCGCAUGUGCGGCUUCGGUGACAAGGAUCGACGACCGAUAACACCACCACCGUGCGUGCGACUUAUCAUCACCGACCUCGCUACCGGAAAGGAGAUUGACUGCAAUGACAUUGACCAUUCCAUGUUUGUGCUCAACGUUGAUCUCUGGAACGAGGACGGCACCCGCGAAGUCAAUCUCGUCCGCUCCUCCACAAGCAGUAGCCCAUCCGUCUCGUCCACAGUGACGUACCCAUAUGCAUCGAUUACUGUUGGAGAGAGCUCACAUGCGCCGUAUGGGCAAAGCGUCCCCCCCACGAGCCGUGACGCACCUUAUGGCGUGUCACAGAAUGCCAACUAUGCUCCGGAAUAUCAGACUCAGCCUAGCUACUCUCAGUCCUCUGCUGCCUACCCUCCGGGCGGCACAUACGGUCCGCCACAACAGUAUUUCCCACAGCAUCAGGCAUACCGCACAGAGACAGGCCCUCCUGCCGGAGUACAAACGUCCGUGGGAGGUUUCAGAGGAUAUAUGCAGGACCAAAACGCCCUGACUAAGAUGGCCGUCGUGGGCGGGCAGCCCCAGGGGAUGUUCACCAGAAACCUCAUUGGGAGUCUGGCCGCAAGCGCAUUCCGCCUCACCGAUACGUCGGAGCAUCUGGGCAUCUGGUUUGUCUUGCAAGACCUGAGUGUCCGAACCGAGGGACCAUUCCGCUUGAGAUUCUCCUUUGUCAACGUCGGCCCCGUUGCGGGACAGAAUGGCGCCAAGGUCAACACGGGAAGGGCCCCGAUAUUGGCGUCGUGCUUCAGCGAGGUCUUUAAUGUUUAUUCAGCCAAGAAGUUCCCCGGAGUCUGCGAGAGCACGCCGCUCAGCAAGACGUUUGCGGCGCAGGGCAUCAAGAUUCCGAUCCGCAAGGACGCGAACCUCAAAGGGGGAGACGGCGAGGACGAUUACGGCGAUUAG